AUGAUGACAAUCCCCACCGAUGACCACCCCUCGCUCACCGAGGAUGACGCAGCUGCUGCAGUUGCUGCUGCCAACUCGGCUGUGGUGAAUAUUCCCCAUUUGAAGGACGACGAAGCUCAGCAGCUCCAUCAGCAGUACGAACACCACAAUCCUCAUCAACAUGACCAGGACCAAAUAAGUGCCCAGCUCUCCCACCAACUUUCCCAUCAGCACUAUCAGCAGCAGCAACAACAGCAGCAACAGCAUCACCAUCAGCAACAACAACAACAACUCCAACAGCAUCUGCACCAUCAACUCCAACCCCAACAACAGCAGCAGCAACAGCAAGCCCAACGCCAAGUACAUCAUCCUUUGAAUCAUGGCCAUCAUUUGGGUAUGUUGAAUCAACCCAAUGAGACGGAAUUACUCGAAUCUGUUACCAAAAAAGUUGCUCCUAGAUCAAGCGACUUGUUUAGAGUGGGCCCAAGGUUCAGUGAUACAAGACAUCACCAGGACAUUUAUUGCAAGCGUAAUGAUAUGGACGUGAAUCCAGUGUUGCAUGCCAGAAUUGAUCGUGGGUUUGAAAUUGGUGAGAAUGGAACAUGGAUAGGUUACAAACGUAAUUACUUUACAUUGGUGACUGCAUUCUCUUUAGAAAACUUUGAUUUUGACCGUUUCAUUCAGAAUAAGUUUUACACCUACGAAAAGUCCUCUGCUCGAAAUGGGGAGCCUGUUGGAGAAAACAAAGUUGAAAUUAGCUACUUUGCAAUUAGACUUGUUGCUAAAUGCUCGGAUAACGAUGUUUCGAUCAGUCUUAUCCAACAUACUGCUAAGAGAGAUAAGGGACCACAGUUUCCUCCCCCAAUUUACCCUGCGGUGCCAGGUGAUUUGCCGGACCAUGAAACCGUCAAGGCUUCCUGUAACAAGCGUAACGGUAGCAAGAUCGAGAACAUGAACAAGGUGUUUUACUUUGACAGGGCUGAGUACUACCACGAUACGAACUUGGAUACCCUCAAGGAUGAGUCUAUCCUUAAGAACUAUCCCAGCGACUCGAUUGCCAGAGUGGCCAGAUUCGAGAGAAUUCAAUUCACCUCCUCGAUCAGAAUCAAGUCGACGUCUGUCAACUCCAGAUACUUCACGCUCCACGUCGAGUUGUUGGGUAUCAUCGAGGAUGAGGACUUGCAGAUCCAGCCCAUCUUGUUGAGCUCGAUCGAAACGCCUCCCUUGAUCAUUAGAGGUAGAUCUCCUUCCAACUACCACAAGGAGAGAACCUCGGGCUACAGGGGACACCUUGUGCCCCAGUGA